AUGGUAGCUCUUACGGAGCUCCUCCUUGUCGCUGUUAUGAUCGCUCGCGGAGUGGCGGAUCUCUCUGAGCUAUCGCCAGCUCUAUCGCCGGAGGGAGCAAGCUAUGAUCCCAGAGAGUUUAAUGUGGUGGAGUUUGGAGCUCGCGGCGAUGGUCUUAGUGACGACUCCCAGGCUUUUCUCGCGGCCUGGAAACGUGCUUGUCACACGGAAAACGCCACCAUGCUUGUGCCCGGUGGAAAAGCUUUUGUUGUAAAUUAUUUGCUUCUCACUGGGCCAUGCGCGACGAACUUGAGACUCAAGAUUGAUGGUAUUGUUUUAGCGGACACCCGGGAUAUGAUCCACUGGAGCAACAUCACAACAUGGAUUUCCAUAGCCAGAGUUUACGACUUUAGCGUCGAAGGCUACGGUAUAAUCGACGGGCAAGGCGAAGAGUGGUGGAGAAUUUCGUGUAGACGUAACAGUUCGUAUGCGUGCCAGAAACAUCCCACAGCUAAGUUCUUGAUUCUUACACUUGCGUGGCGGCUGACUCAAACUAAACCAUUUUACAGGCAUUGUCAAUCAGAGCUUCGGCGAACAUCACAAUUCAGGAUCUCAAUCGAGGAAAGCUCUAAUGUGAGCAUUAAAGGGGUGGAAAUCCUCGCUCCCCACGACAGCCCCAACACCGACGGCAUACACUUACACAUGAGCAACAACGUUUCUAUCGAGAAAUGCAUAAUUGGAACUGGUGAUGACUGUAUAUCUAUAGCAAAGAACACCUCCAACGUUGUCAUACGCGAAAUAAUUUGUGGGCCGGGCCAUGGAAUCAGUAUAGGGAGCCUUGGAAGGAACAAGACACCAGAGUUUGUGUCCAAUGUCAAGGUUGAGAAUUCGAUUUUGGAGAGCACCAAGUAUGGACUCAGGAUCAAAACAUGGCAGGGUGGCCAAGGAUUUGCGAGCAACUUCAGCUAUUACAACGUUGUGAUGAUGAACGUCCUUCAGCCCAUUAUCAUCGAUCAAUACUACUGCGAUGGGAACAGCUCCUUCUCCUGCGGCACAGAGGAACUGGAUGCUGUGAAAGUCAGCAAUGUUUCCUACUCCAACAUUAUGGGAACGUCGGCAAGCAGUGUGGCUCUUCGCUUCCAGUGCAGCCUGGGCAACCCCUGCUACAAUCUAGUGCUCGAGAACGUUUUUCUCAACCUCUCAAACGGUUCCACUCCAUCGGCAUUUUGCUUGAACGCCUUUGGCCAAAACAAAGGCCUCGUUGUUCCUAAUAGCUGCUUGAACUCUUCACUGGCGUGGCAGCAAUAA